AUGGAUGGGACACGUGUGGGGCGGGAUGCCAUGAACAACUGCACCGACCAGGAGUACUGGGACACCCUCGUUUCCCAGUGCAUCCCCUGCAGCCUUGUGUGUGGCCGGCCCACAGCCAGGAGGUGUGAUGCCGUGUGCGAGUCCAUGGACUGCAACAAGAGCCCUGGAUUCUACUACGAUGACCUCGUGAGAAGCUGCAUCGAGUGCAGCACCAUCUGUGGGCAGCACCCCAAGGAAUGUGCCCCGUCCUGCGAACCCUCUCCCCCGUCGCCCGCGGCCGUGCUGGAGCAGAAGGCGUGUGCGGAGCAGGAGCCGUGGCUCGUGGUGUAUCUGCUGCUGGGGCUCUGCCUCUGCGCCCUCAUCUGCUCCCUGCUCCUGGGCUGGACACACCUCCGCAGGAAGGGAGAGGUGGGCUCCUGCCAAGCCGGCGCUGGGACCUGCCACUGCAGGGAGGACUCUGCCAAAGAUCGGCUGGUGGAAGCGGGCAGCGUUGGUGAGGGAUUCACUGGCAGCAGAGCUCCAGAGCCAGUGGAAACCUGUGGCUUCUGCUUCCCUGGACAUGGCUCUGCUGUACAAGAGACCAAAUCAUGCCACAGCACCUUGUGUCACGCUGGGGAAAGAGCUGCUCCCUCCUACACCGGGAUCUGCAGCACGGGAAGCGCUGGGGCCGCUCCCAGCCCUGACGACGGCCACUUCAAGUUUUUUUGUUCUCCUUCCCAAGAGAAGACACCCAUGGUGUGACCACA